CCUGCAAGACUCUGAAAGGCCUUUCACACCCACACAGGUGUUACCAAUUGAUCUGUCUGAUUAGACUUCUGCUAAGUGAAGAGCUUUGCUGGAAUUAGACAGAUGAACCAAAACCAAGAAGAGUAAUGAAAGGUCGCAGCUGCUCGGGUGGGGUAGGUCGGACUCGGAGCUGCUCGGGUGGGGUAGGUUGGACUCGGAGCUGCUCGGGUGGGGUAGCUCUCUCUGAGCAGGCGGUGUUUUCACGGACCAGACAACCGCAGUGGGCUCGUUAUGUGUUAUCCUCGUUCCGGGGCUCAGCUGUCAGGCUCUGUGCUCCAUACGCUCUCUGUCGGUGAGACACACACUGAGUGAUGCGCAACCAGCCAGCAGUACCAUUCCUCACAAUUUUCAAAGGGAGGUGACUUGAUCAGCUUAUGACAUUCUCCAGGGUCAAACCAGUAACAAUGCAUGGCCUGUAAGCAGCCAAUCAUGGCUCACAGGAAGAGGCCGGGACCCAGCGGAGGAAACGGUAUGGCUGCUCCUGGCCUCGCCCCCUGUCCCAACCCAUAUCCUACAGAGUCAUGUGAACCCAAAGCCCUCCCUCCUCGGCGACGCCCAAUCCGCUACCCCAAAGAGUCACAUAAUCAGAAGCCCCUCCCUCAUUCCGGUAAGCCACAAUACACUCCUCCAAAGUCUCCAGAUGUGAGUCACAUCCGUGCAGAAGCAGACGCAGACGCAGAGGUGGAACUGAAGGGGUACAGCAACCCAGCAGACGCAGAACCGGAGGACCAGCGGCCUGCAACGCCCUCUACGCCAGAACCUGUGCACGAGCACAAGGUGGUGGACUUCCACGGUGGAGCUGACAGCUUGGAUGACGACUCCAGCUCUGACUACAUUAAUAACACUUCAGAUGACGAUGAAGACUACAAUGACGGGCUGGCAGAGGAGGAUGAAGGUACGACCUACUACAUCCGCUACUGUCCUGAGGACGACAGCUACAUGGAAGGUAUGGACUGCAGCAGCCAGGGAGAGUGUGACCACGCACACAACCACAGCCACAACGACCACAAUAACUCCAAGCAGCAGAGCAAUGAAGCCCAACAGGCUGAGGAGGGUUGGGCUGGGGAGGGAGAGGUUGAGGGGGAGGUGAGAGAGCAGGAAUGGAUAUACAAUGGAAGACCUGAACCCAUUCUGGACCACCACCACCCUCAUCACCUCCACCCUCCCCCUCUGCAAGACACCCACGACGAUGAUGAUGAGGAGGAGGAGAGUGAGGACUACUGCCCUAAUGAGGAGGAAGAUGAGGAAGGGGACGAGGAGGACAGACAUGGCAGGUCCUACACCGGAGACUACUAUCCGGAAGGUGCUGGUGGUGGAGGGGGAGACGGGGGAGGAAGCAGAGGAGGACAUUGA